GCCAUCCGACGUGGCAUCACCUGCGUAUCGAUCUUCAAAUAAAGCUUCCAAAUACAAACACUGUCAUUACUCUCUCAAAUUACACACACAAACACACACACAUCUCUUAAAUCAUUCCCUUUUGUGCUAAUUAGGGUUUCUCCGCAAAUCCUACCCAACAUGGCCGUCAUGAUUAGACUCCCCCCGCCGGAAGACACCGAUGUCUUCCCGGCGCGUCCUUCCGAUCUAAUAUCCGACGACGACCGCUCCAUCGCCGCCGAUUCAUGGUCCAUCAAGAGCGAUUACGGCAGCACUCUCGACGACGAUCAGCGUCACGCUGAUGCUUCCGAAGCUCUCUCCGCCGUUAUCUAUCCUCCUCCUCCCUCUGAUUACAGUUCUGACAAGGAGGAGCCAGAUGCUGAACAAGUUUCAUCGAUGCUUGGUUUUCAAAGUUAUUGGGAUGCUGCAUAUGCAGUUGAACUUGCAAGCUUUCGUGAACAUGGACACACCGGCGAAAUUUGGUUCGGGUCUGAUGUUAUGGAAAUGGUUGCAUCCUGGACCAAAGGCUUGUGCAAUGACAUAGCUAGAGGACAAAUGCUUAAUCAGGUGGAUGAUGGUACUUCAGUAUCUUCCGAACAGGGUGAGAAGGAUUCAAAAGACUGGAGUGUGCUUGAUGUGGGGACUGGUAACGGCCUGCUGCUUCAAGAAUUUGCCAAGCAGGGGUUCACAGAUCUUAUGGGAACUGAUUACAGUGAAGGAGCUAUCGAUCUUGCUAGAAGCCUUGCUGAUCGUGAUGGAUUUUCCAGAAUCAAAUUCUUGGUGGAUGAUGUUCUUGAAUCAAAGAUAGAGAAAAAGUUCCAGCUUGUUAUGGACAAGGGAACUUUAGAUGCUAUCGGGCUGCAUCCUGACGGUCCUAUCAAAAGGAUCAUGUAUUGGGAUUCAAUCUCAAAGCUUGUUGCUCCAGGUGGAUUACUGGUAAUAACAUCAUGUAACCAUACAAAAGAUGAGUUGGUGCAAGAAAUGGAUAAUUAUAAUCAAAGAAUGAUUGCUGCAUCCCAGGAGCCUGAUACCCCUCUCGUGAAUCAAGAAGCUGGCCGAGAUUCUCCCUUGUUUGGCUACCUUGAUCACAUUCGUUCAUAUCCGACAUUUAUGUUUGGCGGAUCAGUAGGGUCACGGACUGCCACAGUAGCUUUUCUGCGAAAAUGAAGGGCCGUGAAUUUUAUUUUAUUUUUGUUUUUAUGGGGUCUAAGUUGGUUUGCUCAUAUUUUAGGGGAUGGAGAUGGGGGAAAGAGUGCAUGACUUGUGGAUUAUUUUUUAAGUUAGUGAAAGAUGUUGGUGGUGUUGAUCUUGGUAGAAGAUGAAGUCUUGCAUCUUAUAUGUGUAGAUUUGUGUUGUUUCGAUUUAUGAGAAUUUUAGAUCCCGUGGGACCUGAUUAUACUGAUUAUACUGCAAAUGGAACUUCUGUUAAAAGAAAUUUGCUCAAUACUUGUGAGAAAGAGGUUUAUUAUACAAUUAUGUGUGUUUUUUCAUCAA